UCAGCAUGUCUUCUCAUUUCGGUCCAGAUCAUGUGACUUUUCGACUGAGGUUUAUUUUAUUAUCACACUAAUAGAUCACUGGGAUGACACACAUCACUUUUUAUUUGAAUUCACAAUUUUUAAGACAGACAGACAGACAGACAGAUAGAUAAACAAGUUUUCAGCUUCUUAUACUUCAAGCUAUUUAUUUAGUGUAAAUAUUAGCCGUACAAUUCGAUAGUUAACAGUUAAGCUGAGUCAGUUACUUAAAACAUCCCUGUAUAAUACAUCUGCGAAUGCAGCGCUUUAUUUUUUAAACCGGAAAUAGUUGAUGCGCGGUCGUGCAUUUACCGUAAGCUGACGAUAAGAGCGCACUGAAAAUGUAGGAGCGGCUGGCUUGACUACGGAGAAACGAGAGGCGGCUGGCUUGACCGCAGUCAAGAAACGCAGGUCCACAGAAGUGCUGAACUUGAGUGCUUUGAUGGACUCCGUGGAGGAGAAAGACAAAGAAGCAAAUGCGCCUUCAGUUGUCGACAGAUAUUACACUCGCUGGUACCGAGCCGAUAUGAAGGGGAAACCGUGUGAAGACCACUGUAUCCUGCAGCAUUCAAACAGGAUAUGUGUUGUUACCUUAGCAGAAACCCACCCGAUCCUUCAGAAUUGCCGCACAAUCAAAAGCAUCAAUUACCAGAUCAGUAACGGCUGCAGUCGGCUGAACAAUAAAGUGUCUGGGAAGUCCAAGCGGGGGGGGCAGUUCCUUACUGAUUUUGCACCUUUGUGUAGGAUAACAUGCUCAGAUGAGACUGAGUACACAAUCUACAGUUGCAUCCGGGGCCGUCUUCUGGAGGUCAACGAGAAUAUUUUAGAAACACCUGAUCUCUUGCUGGAAAAGCCGUCCACUGAUGGAUACAUCGCUGUCAUCCUGCCAAAGUUUGAGGAGAGCAAGAGCAUAACAGAAAAUCUACUGAGCAGAGAGGAGUUUGAGAGCGUCGUCUCCAAACGUAGCGAUGCCCAGUCACAAACCUCCUGACGAAGCUCCACACGCUGGCCAAAGUUUAAACUGUUCUGGGAGAAGUUUUUUGGCCUCACACUCUCACCUGCUCAGAGGAGGACUGAGAACAUGAUUGUGGAAAGUGAUGUUUUCAUGAGGUCACUUCUGGAAGACUUUUGUGUACAAUGCAAGCACUGUGCCUCUAGGUUAUUAUAUACUCUUUGUUUUCAUGUUUCAGAUUUUCAUGAAGGGUCCAGGAAGCAUUUCAGUUCACAGUGCUUCAUCCUUUGUUUGGUUUUGCUGUAGAAAGCAUGGAAAAGGACUUGCAUUCUGUUGUUAAAUAUUGCAAAUACUCUUCAGUAAAAAGUAUUUUUGUAAAAUAUCAAUGAAACGAAACAGUGAAUUAAGAAAAAUAUUGUUUA